AUGCUAGCAGUUAGGAAGGUAAGGAGGAAACUCAGGAUGGGGACCAUCUGCUCCCCCAGUCCCAGCGGGACAAAGACAUUGGAGGUCUGCAAUGCUGACUGGAUGGCCUCGCUCCCUCCACUCCUCCACAACGUCCCCCUUUCCAAUCUGGCAAUCCCAGGCUCCCAUGAUUCAUUCAGUUACUGGGUAGACGAAAAGUCCCCAGUGGGGCCUGACCAAACCCCAGCUAUCAAACGCCUCGCCAGGAUCUCCUUGGUAAAGAAGCUCAUGAAGAAAUGGUCUGUGACUCAGAACCUGACGUUCCGAGAACAGCUGGACGCUGGGAUCCGCUACUUUGACCUGCGUGUGUCUUCCAAGCCAGGGGAUGCCAACCAGGAAAUCUUCUUCAUUCACGGGCUUUUUGGCAUCAGGGUCUGGGAUGGGCUGAUGGAGAUUGACUCGUUCCUCACACAGCACCCCCAAGAGAUUGUCUUCCUGGAUUUCAACCACUUCUAUGCCAUGGACGAGGCCCAUCACAAACGCCUGAUUCUCCGGAUCCAGGAGGCCUUUGGGAACAAGCUGUGCUCAGCCUGCAGUGUGGAGAGUAUGACGCUCCAGACGCUGUGGGAGAGGAAGUGCCAGGUUCUCAUCUUCUAUCACUGUCCCUUCUACAAGCAAUACCCCUUCCUAUGGCCUGGAAAGAAGAUCCCAGCGCCCUGGGCAAAUACCACAAGUGUGCGCAAGCUCAUCCUCUUCUUGGAGACCACGCUGAGUGAGCGCUCUCCCCACGGAUCCUUCCAUGUGUCUCAAGCGAUCCUCACGCCCAGAGUGAAGACCAUCGCCCGGGGCCUGGUUGGCGGCCUCAAGAACACGCUGGUCCAUAGGAAUCUUCCUGCCAUCCUGGACUGGGUGAAGACUCAGAAGCCUGGAGCCCUGGGUGUCAACAUCAUCACGUCUGACUUCGUGGACCUGGUGGACUUUGCCACAGCUGUCAUUGAAUUGAAUGACCUCCUACAGGAGGAUAGAGCUUUGGCUAAAUGCUGA